GCCCGGUCUCCCCACCAUCUCCCCAGGGAGGGCGCCUCAUUCCUGCCCUUCACUUUCUGCCGUUACCUUGAAGAUCUACAAUGCCUUGCUGAGCCAGCCCAGCAGCUGAGUGGAGCCAAGCGGAGAGCAUCCAUGGAUGGACCCCUGGCAGGCGGCCUGGCUGCCCCAGACCGUCCUCGAGGCCCUGAGAGACUGCCUGGCCCAGCUCCAAGGGAAGACAUCGAAGGUGGGGCUGAGGCAGCUGAGGGGGAUGGUGGCAUCUUCCGGUCUACCCAUUACCUGCCUGUCACCAAGGAGGGCCCCCGAGACAUUCUGGAUGGCAGAGGUGGCAUUUCUGACGGGCAGCCCCAUCCCGGCCUCAGCGAAGCCCUCCCCUGUGCCACCUCCGCCACCCAUCGGAUCAGCAGCUGCUGCUGGGAUGGAGGCAGCCUGGAAUUCCGGCCAGGCUCCCCACCACCCCAUCUCCUGAGACACUUCUCUGGUCUCCCUGAUGGCCGGGGACCCUGGGAGCACCCCCUGGUCCAGGAAACUGGGGAGGGCAUCCCAUCUGAGCAGAGGUUCGAGGACUCAGUGAUUGUGAGAACUGUGAAGCCCCACGCUGAGCUCGAGGGCUCUAGAAGGUUCUUGUACCACCAGGGUGAGCCAAAGCUCUUGGAGAAGUCCCCCAAGAGCCACCCCAGGUUCAACUGGCUGCAAGAUGCAGAUGAGCAGUCCCCACCUCAGAAUGUAGGGUUGCCCCUGGACCUGCUGCCCCCACCACCACCUCUCACCUCCUUCAGGACAGUGCUGGUGCCUGUAGAGGACACCACGAAGACCUUGGAUGUUGAGGUAGGCACCAGAGAGCACUUGACGGACCUGGAGGAUCUGGCCCAGCCAGCUGCGGAGUGGUGCCUGCCUAGGUCAGCCACAGAAGUGGCCACUCAGACCUGGACGGUGAACUCGGAGGCAUCUGUAGAGCGACUGCAGCCACUGCUGUCCCCAGUCCGGACCAGUCCCUACCUGUGUGAGCUGCUGCAGGAGGUGGCCGAAGGGGUGGCCAGCCCAGACGAGGAUGAGGACGAGGAUCCAGCUGUGUUCCCGUGCGUGGAGUGCAGCAUCUAUUUCAAGCAGAAGGAGCACCUUCUGGAGCACAUGAGCCAGCAUCGCCGAGCCCCAGGCCAGGAGCCCCCGGCUAAUGUGGCCGCGCUGGCCUGUGGUGAGUGUGGCUGGGCCUUCGCUGACCCCUGUGCCCUGGAGCAGCACCGGCAGCUACACCAGGCCUCCAGGGAGAAGAUCCUUGAAGAAAUCCAGAAGCUGAAGCGGAUCCCAAGUGAUGAGGGCCGGGAGGCACGGCUACAGUGCUCCAAGUGCGUCUUUGGCACCAGUUCCUCCAAAACCUUUGUGCAGCAUGCCAAGCUGCACAUGCGCGAGUCACCGAGCCAGGCUGCCAAGGAGCCCUUUGGGGGUGGCAGCCCAGGCCCUGACGCCACCACCCUUGGCUAUCAGCCCUAUGGAGCCUCCUUGGGCCUCAAUGCUUGCAUUUUCUGUGGCUUCCCAGCCCCCAGCGAGAGCCUGCUCAGGGAGCAUGUGAGGCUUGUGCAUGCCCGUCCCCACUGGGAGGAGGAUAGCCAGGCAUUUGAGGAGGACCCUGCCAGCCAGCCUGGCACCAGCCAGGAUGUGUAUGCCCGCUUCCCUGAAGCUGCUGAGGACUACUUUGGCAACAGUGAGCCGUUCUUGGCCCCUACAUGGCGGGAGAACCCUACUGGAUACAACCCCAGCCUGGCCUUUGGCCCAGGCUGCCAGCAGCUGGGCACAAGGGAUUUCCCACUGUCAAAGUCACUACCACACAGCAUGGGACAGAGGUCCCUGGGAAGGCCAGCCUUUCCCUUACCACUAGCAUCCACCCCCUAUUCCUUGCAGCCCAGUAGAAGUAAAAAUGCUGUCCAUCUGCAAGGGCUCCCAGCCCAACUAGGGGACCAGAGGCACCCCUGGAGCGAAGAGGAGGAGGAGGAUAUACAACUGGCCUCAGAAAUGGACUUUUUCCCUGGAAAUGGGGUCUUUCCACCCCUAGCUGUCCCUGGCCUCAUCCCAGAGUCAGCCCUGGAGCUGAAGCAGACUUUCCGAGAAGCCCUGCGGGCAGCCAAGGCCUCACCAGCACAGCAACAGCAGCUCCUUGGGAUGGUGCCAGUUGUGCUGGUGGCCAAGCUGAGGUCCCAGGUCCUGGCUGCAGCAGCUAGAGCUCCCCCAAGUCUGCAGCCUGAGGAACUGAGGGUGGGGGGCACCCACCCCUUGGACUUCCUACUCCUGGAGGCACCGCUGGGUGGCCCACUGGGGUUGGACACAAUCCUGGAUGGGGACCCAGCAGUGGCGCUGAAGUACGAGGAACGGAAGUGCCCCUACUGCCCCGAUCGCUUCCACAAUGGCAUCGGCCUGGCAAACCAUGUGCGGGGCCACCUAAACCGUGUGGGCGUCAGCUACAAUGUUCGGCAUUUCAUCUCCGCUGAGGAGGUGAAGGCCAUCGAACGAAGGUUCUCCUUCCAGAAGAAGAAGAAAAAAGUGGCUAACUUUGACCCUGGCACCUUCAGCCUGAUGCGCUGUGACUUCUGCGGGGCCGGCUUUGACACGAGGGCUGGCCUCUCCAGCCAUGCCCGGGCCCACCUGCGUGACUUUGGAAUCACUAACUGGGAGCUCACCGUCUCACCCAUCAAUAUCCUACAGGAGCUGCUGGCCACAUCGGCCGCCGAGAGGCCCCCCAGCCCCCUUGGCCAUGAGCCCGGGGGGAUGCCUGGUGGAUAUCUGACCUCCCACAGGCCCCGCUUACCUCUCACAGUGCCCUUCCCACCCACCUGGGCUGAGGACCCUGGGCCAGCCUACGGAGAUGCCCAGAGCCUGACUACCUGCGAGGUCUGCGGUGCCUGCUUUGAGACACGCAAGGGCCUGUCCAGCCAUGCGCGCUCCCACCUGCGGCAGCUGGGUGUGGCUGAGUCUGAGAGCAGCGGUGCCCCCAUCGACCUCCUCUACGAGCUCGUGAAGCAGAAGGGCCUGCCUGACACACCCCUCGGGCUGCCCCAGGGCCUGACUAAGAAGUCCAGCUCGCCGAAGGAGGUGGUCGCUGGGGCCCCCCGACAGAGCCUGCUCACCCUGGCCAAGCCCCUGGAUGCCCCUGCUGUCAACAAGGCCAUCAAGUCACCUCCUGGCUUCUCAGCCAAGGGCCUGGCUCACCCGCCCAGCUCCCCACUCCUCAAGAAGGCACCACUGGCCUUGGCAGGCUCCCCUACCCCCAAGAAUCCUGAGGACAAGAGCCCCCAACUAUCCCUGAGUCCCCGGCCGGCCUCCCCAAAGGCACAGUGGCCUCAGUCUGAGGACGAGGGGCCCCUGAACCUCACUUUAGAUAGUGACGGGGGCAGAGAGCUGGACUGCCAGCUGUGUGGUGCCUGGUUUGAGACCCGAAAGGGCCUGUCCAGCCACGCCCGCGCCCACCUGCGCCACCUGGGCGUCAGCGACCCGGACGCCAAGGGAUCCCCCAUAGACGUGCUCCACGGGCUCAUCAGGAGGGUCGGCGUCCAGAAUCGCCUCCCACCCGGGCGCGGCGUGCUGGCCCAGCUGGGGCGGCCUCCUCCCGCCUCUGCGGCCCUCUCCUUGCUCCCCCCCCCACCGCCGGCCAAGAAGGCCAAGCUGAAGGCUGCGGGUAUGGCCAGCCCCUGGGGGAAGCAGGACCUCUCGGCCGCCGCAGCCGCUGGCAUUUUCUGGGCCUCUGAUGUGGAGCCGUCUCCUCUCAACCUCUCCUCAGGCCCAGAACCAGCUCGUGACAUCCGCUGCGAGUUCUGCGGUGAGUUCUUCGAGAACCGAAAGGGUCUUUCCAGUCAUGCACGCUCACACCUGCGGCAGAUGGGCGUGACUGAGUGGUAUGUCAACGGCUCGCCCAUUGACACACUGCGGGAGAUCCUCAAGAGACGGACCCAGUCCAGGCCUGGCGGACCCCUCAAUCCUCCGGGACCUACUCCAAAAGCCCUGGCCAAGGUGGUGGGCAGCGGAGGUCCUGGCAGCUCGCUGGAAGCCCGCAGCCCUGCAGACCUUCACCUCUCGCCCCUGGCCAAGAAGUUGGGGCCGCCACCAGGCAGCCCCCUGGGCCACUCACCAACUGCCUCUCCUCCUCCCACUGCCCGAAAGAUGUUCUCGGGCCUGACUGCACCCUCCCUGACCAAGAAGCUGAAGCCUGAACAAAUGCGUGUGGAGAUUAAGCGUGAGAUGCUGCCGGGGGCCCUUCAUGGGGAGCCUCACCCGUCUGAGGGUCCCUGGGUGGCACCACGGGAAGACAUGGCCCCCUUGAACCUGUCAUCACGGGCAGAGCCAGUGCGUGACAUCCGCUGUGAGUUCUGUGGUGAGUUCUUUGAGAACCGCAAGGGCCUGUCCAGCCACGCACGCUCCCACCUGCGACAGAUGGGUGUGACUGAGUGGUCCGUCAAUGGCUCGCCCAUUGACACACUUCGGGAGAUCCUUAAGAAGAAGUCCAAGCCGUGCCUCAUCAAGAAGGAGCCUCCAGCUGGAGACCUGGCCCCUGCCUUGGUUGAGGACGGGUCCCCCACAGCGGCUCCUGGGUCUGUGCAGCCCCUUCUGCCACUGGUGCCCAUGGCUGGCCGGCCAGGCAAACCAGGAGCUGGGCUGGCCCAGGUACCCCGUGACCUCAGCCUGGCACCCAUCACCAGUGCCAAGCCCUCAGCUACCAGCUACCUGGGCUCAGUGGCAGCCAAGCGACCCCUGCAGGAGGACCGCCUCCUCCCUGCAGAGGUCAAGGCCAAGACCUACAUCCAGACUGAACUGCCCUUCAAGGCAAAGACCCUUCAUGAGAAGACCUCCCACUCCUCCACUGAGGCCUGCUGUGAGCUGUGUGGCCUUUACUUUGAAAACCGCAAGGCCCUGGCCAGCCAUGCUCGGGCACACCUGCGGCAGUUCGGCGUGACUGAGUGGUGUGUGAAUGGCUCACCCAUCGAGACACUGAGCGAGUGGAUCAAGCACCGGCCCCAGAAGGUGGGCGCCUACCGCAGCUACAUCCAGGGUGGCCGCCCCUUCACCAAGAAGUUCCGCAGCGCCGGCCAUGGCCGUGAGGGCGACAAACGGCUGCCCCUGGGGCUGGCACCUGGGGGCCUGUCCAUGCUGGGCCGCAGUGCUGGGGGUGAGCCAGGGCCAGAGGCUGGCCGGGCAGCUGACAGUGGUGAGCGGCCUUUGGCAGCCAGCCCACCGGGCACUGUGAAAGCUGAGGAGCACCAGCGGCAGAACAUCAACAAAUUUGAGCGCCGACAAGCCCGCCCUGCAGAUACCUCUGCGGCCCUGGGGGGCGAGGAGGCCAGUGACCUGCAGCAGAAGCUGGAGGAGGUGCGGCAACCCCCACCCCGGGUCCGGCCAGUCCCCUCCCUGGUGCCCCGUCCCCCCCAGACGUCACUGGUUAAGUUCGUCGGCAACAUCUAUACCCUCAAGUGCAGGUUCUGUGAGGUGGAAUUCCAGGGACCUCUCUCCAUCCAGGAGGAGUGGGUGCGGCACUUACAGCGGCACAUCCUGGAGAUGAAUUUCUCCAAAGCAGACCCCCCGCCCGAGGAGCCUCAGGUCCCGCCAGCACAGACAGCGGCAGCAGAGGCACCCUAACACAAAAGCAUUCCAGAUCUCUCUCGUGCCACCUCUGUCUCCUACUCCUCCUUGGUCUCCUCUUCCCUCUCUUCCUCCUUUCUUUUCUGUUCCCAAAGGAGCAAGCCAAAACCUCAAACCGGCACCCUUGGGGGCCGGGCACACUACAGCCAGGGCGCCCCUCCCUCAGCUCAAGGAUGCUGGGGCCAAACCCAGGGCGUCUUCCUUCAGGCCACACCUACCCAAUCCAGCCAGGGCAGCGGCCAGGUCCCUGGUGGCAGGUGAUCUGGUCAUGGGAGGAAGGCCAGCAGUCUCCAGUGUCUAGCAGCCAGAUGGGGAUCAGUUUGCCAUCUGUGGCCAUUUGCAAAGACCCCAAAGAACCCCUGUUCUGGUUCCCCCUUGCCCUGUGACUAUCCUCUCACGCACGCACACACACACACACACACACAUACACACACACCUCGUGAGACCCGGGAUCUGCUCCAGCCCCCCAGUUCCCGAGUCAAACGACCACAUCAUGCCACGGUGCUUGCUCAGGGGAAGGCACGCUCACUCUGCAGGCCCACCAGGGCCUGGGAGCCCCCACUGAGCCCACAAUGCCACGGAAAUCCUUGUUGGACCCUCCCUGCCUCCCCAGAGGGGCCUUCCCAGCUGGGAAGAGCUCAGAGCUGACAGCUGCCUCCUGCCAUGUCCAGACUCCCCAGAACCUCUGGGGGCUCCGGGCCCUGGAGGGAGUGGGGUGGGACUCUCCUCCCCACUUCCAACCCCCUCCCUCUUUUCACUGUUCCUUUCUAUGUAUAGCUCCCUAGACCUUUCACUUUUUUAAAAACGCGUUUUGUGUAGAGAAUAAGGAACGUGGAUCUUUUUAUUUUGCGAUCCUGGGCCAGCUAGAAACUGGGAGCUGAUCGAUCUUUUAACUUUUUUCAGUGGCCACAUUUUGGUUAUCAAUGUAUCUAGAAGUAUGUAAAUUAGAUUAAAUUUCUCUUCUGGAAACACCCCGGGGCAGGCGGCCAGCGUGUGUUUUUCUGUCAAGUGGACAGGCUGGCAUCAGCUGGCACUUGGGGCUGGGAUCAGGCCACCUCCACCCAGAGCCAUCUGUGGCCAUUUGCAAAGACCCCAAAGACCCCCUGUUCUGGUUCUCUCUUGGCCCAUGAGGUCCUGGGUUUUCCCUUUGGCCACCAAGCCAACCAGACCCAACUGGGGAUGAGCUCAAGUUCCCAGCUUGUUGGCCCUCUAUGGCAUGGCCUGUGUGGGCUCUGGCCUGCUGGUGAAUCGGCUUCUAUGUACAGAGGAGAGGAAACAGGGCUUUGGACAGCUGGUCCAGGAAGGUAGCCAGAAUGGAAAAGUGAUUGAGGCCCAAGAGCUCUCAGAGUCCGGAGCGGACCAGUGAGGGCGUAGGGGGCACUGUGGGAGAGGGAGGAGGACACAGCAGCCAGGAGCCUUUAGAGAGCUGGGACUGGCCUGCCCUGCCCUCAAGAUAUGUGACCUGUCGGGAGAUACAUGCACCCUGAACCCCAGUAAGAAGGAGAAAGGCAGCUGCUGGCUCCUCUGAGAUGUUAUUUAUUUUCUCGCUCUACAAAUGUUUAUUGAACAUUUCUGAGAUUUUAAGAGAAUUUGUUGGCUGCUC